AUUUCAGCGCUCGCCUGUCUAUGUGGUGGACGUAGCCGUUGUCUGACUCUUGCCUCCUCUUUGGAUAUUUAUGCAGUUUUGAUUCUUUCUCUCAGACUUCCCUCAAUGUCUGAAAGCGGCUUUAAGAGGAGACUUGGUUCUCCAUCCCAUUCCCUGCAGACCACCUUUGGGUAAAGUUUUUUAAUGUAAGGGUUGGUUUUGCUUUGUGUUCAACCGUCCUUGGGAUUUUGCAAUUAAUUAUUUGCAAGAACCUGGGGAGAAAGGACCACUGCCUCCUUCAACGGGGACCUUUUGUUGGAAUUAAUAAUUUACUGGAUUAAUUGAUCAAUCAUGACCACAGUUUUUGUUGAGGGUGGUAGGCUCAUGGUCCUGGCCGUGUGGCUGAAUCUGGUGCCGCUGCUGGAAGGAUGCCCGGCCAAAUGUGUGUGCUACAGCGAGCCUCGUCCCACUGUGGCCUGCCAGCAGCAGGGCCUGUUGUCCAUCCCCACUGAGAUUCCAGUGGGGAGCCAGCGGAUAUUCCUGCAGAAUAACAAACUGACUGUGGUGCAAUCCACCAGCUUCAGCUCGGUGCGCAACCUCACCGAGCUGUGGCUCUACAAGAACAAUAUCAGCCACAUCGAGGCCGGGGCCUUCUUCGGCUUGGAGCGGCUGGAGAUACUCGACAUCAGCGACAACAGUAAUCUGCGCCUCAUCAGCCCCAAAGCCUUCCAGGGCCUGGCCAAGCUGCACACCCUACACCUGCACAGGUGUGGCCUGUCGCAGCUCCCCGUGGGGGUGUUUAGGGGCUUAUUUUCUCUGCAGAAGCUCUACCUUCACGAAAACAAUCUGCUUGCCCUGCACGACGACACUUUCCUCGACCUCGCCAACCUCACCAUUAUUUUCCUGUACAACAACAAGAUCAAAGUGGUGACGGACCACAUGCUGCGUGGGCUCAACAACCUGGACCAACUGCUCCUGCACCAGAACUUGAUUACCUUUGUGCAGCAGCGAGCAUUCAGUCACUUGAGCAAGCUGACCUCAUUGUUCCUCUUCUUAAACAACUUAACAGUGUUAACCGGGGAGACCAUGGACCCACUGGUUUCCCUCCAGUACCUCAGACUUAAUGGCAACCAAUGGAUCUGUGACUGUCGUGCCCGAACCUUGUGGGACUGGUUCAAACGCUUCAAAGGCUCUAGCUCAGAACUUGAAUGCUACGUGCCAGCCACACUGGCAGGUAAGGACCUCAAAAAGCUGAAAAUUGGUGAUUUGGAGGGAUGUGUCGAUUCUCCAUCCCAGGUUCAAACCAGUAUCUUCAGCACCAAGACCCAUUCUGGAAAGUUCUUCACCUCAGAUGACAUGCUAGGGGAGUCCAUUCCCAGGUGUUGUCUCAGUGGCUAUGACAAGUCCUCCAUCAUCUCCAGCAAAACAAUCCCUGACCCCUCAUCCUACAACAGCCGCCAAAUAACCAACAACCCUCUGAAGGAGAAGGAAAACAUAUCAAAGACCAAGUAUCGAGACGAGAGAACAAAAAACGACACCCGGACCAAGCAGAGCCUGAACGAUGGGCCUUUGGGGACAUUAUCCAACGGCCUGGAUCAGUCUCUUGGAAACUUACAGCCAGAACUGAUAGAAAACCUGGAGCCCUCUACAGCCCCAUCCAGAAAGAAAAAGAAAUGUGUGAAAAAGCCCAAAUCAGACAAUCAGUGUCUUAAAGGUCAUGGAUCUGCAACUGAACCACUGAGCCUUGUCUUUUUGUCCUCGUUCUGGCUCCUUGUGACCAUGUCUUAAUUAAUGCUAAAGAAAAUCCCAUGUUCAUCAUGCUCGUGACAGUGAACCUGCAGGAACCUCUAGACGCAGGCAGAGACUGUGAGAUGAAAUGCGGGGUUGAAACUGACAAACAACAACAACAACAACAACAAAAAAAGAAGAAGUUGAGGAUAAAUCAAAGAAAUGGAUGCCUUUACAGAACCCAUCAGAUGUAUAUAAAAGAAUCGGUGCCCACAUGUUUGUCGUGUGUACUUUACUGUACGGUGUCUAAGCAACACUUUGGAGAGUUCCCUUCCUCUUCCCUUGCAAAGUUUGUACUGAAAGACAAUGACAACAGUUGACAGCCCUGAGGAAAGUGAGAAAGAAAAAAAGUAUUGCAGUUGUGAAUGCACACAGAGAAUGUUGAAGUUUUGAGAUCUGGGGGGGUAACAGGAUUUUUGUUCCCUAUGUUUUAUUUUAAAGUGAUGCAUUUGUUUGAAACAGUUGCGUUUUUUUUAUGUUUGUAAGUAUUUCAGUACGGAAAGAAAUGUUUAUUCUCCCCAAAUAUGAGUUCUGGUUUCAUCACACAAUGGUUAAAGGUGGCAUUUGUUGAGGAAUGCUGUCCGAUCGAUCACCAAGACUGCGAUGGAAUUAUAGAUAUGCAUUUUAUUUUAGUGUUGUACAAGUAUAAAUAUAUUAUAAAUAAAAUAUCUCAUUUUGUA